AAAUAGCGCCGCUGGAACAUUUAGUACUCGCGGUGAAAGAGGGCGGGCUUCCUCCCCGGCAGCAGCAGCAGCGGCAGCGCGCGGUUCCCUCAUAGCGCUCGUUGUAGCUACAUGUUGCACUUGCCGGCAAAGAAAAUUGUGUAAAGUUUCUCGCGGAUUUUGUGAAGACAAGGGUAUGAGAGAGACCGGAGACAAAAAGGAAAUCGUGGGAACAAGGUCAUGUCUUGAAGAGAUGGCCAAUUUUGAAGAUAAGUGUCCAACUGCCCAGUCACCUAUUGCCCUGUUUGCCUCGCAGGGUUUAGACGUCACUCCAAACAAAGACCGGGGAGUGUGCAAGAUUGUGAAGCGGCAUGGUACAGGGGGAGAGAAGCCUAUGAUUGGGGACAAGGUGCAUGUCCACUACACUGGAAAAUUGCUUAAUGGGAAGAAGUUUGACUCCAGUUUUGACCAUAAGGAACCUUUUGUCUUCAACAUAGGCAAAGGUCAGGUAAUCAAAGCAUGGGAUAUUGGUGUGAGCUCCAUGCAAAAAGGAGAGGUGUGUCUGCUGAUGUGUAAGCCUGAAUAUGCAUACGGCUCUGUUGGGAGCCCCCCGAAAAUACCUCCAAACUCUACACUGUUGUUUGAGGUAGAGCUGUUGAGUUUUAGAGGGGAAGAGCUUACAGAGGAUCGUGGAAUUUUAAGGAGAAUAAGGGUCAAAGGUGCAGGCUACAGCAAUCCGAAUGAUGGUGCCACGGUUCAUGUCCAUUUGGAGGGAAGGUGUUGUGGCCAUUUGUUUGAUUCACGGGAUGCCACAUUUGUAGUGGGAGAAUCUGAGGACGAGGGUGUUCCUCUGGGAGUGGAUCGGGCCAUGGAGAAGAUGCAGAAAGGGGAAUGCUGUCUAUUAUAUUUAAAACCCAAAUAUGGCUAUGGUAAAGAGGGAAAACCAGAAUUGAACAUUGGACCAAAUGCAGAACUUUUGUAUGAAGUAACGCUCAAAGAUUUUCAAAAGGCCAAAGAAUCCUGGGAAAUGGACUUAAGUGAGAAACUGGAGCAAGCAGUUUUGGUUAAACAGAAAGGAACACAGUAUUUUAAGGCUGGGCGAUACUACCAUGCUAUCAUUCAGUAUCAGCGAAUUGUAACAUGGCUGGAGAUGGAAUACGGAGCAGGAAAGGAGCAACAGCAGGCCCUUCAGGCCCUCCUGCUUGUUGCCCAUUUAAACCUGGGUCUGUGCUACCUACGCCUGCGGGAAUUCUCUCAAGCUGUGGAAAGCUGCAGCAAGGUGUUGGAGCUGGACUCUGCAAAUGAGAAGGCACUGUAUCGGCGUGGAGAGGCUAGACUGUUGAGGAAUGAAUUCAGUCUGGCCCUUGUGGACUUCCGGCAAGUUCUGCAGGUCAAUCCCUCUAACCGUGCAGCUCGAUGCCAGAUUUCGGUCUGCCAGCGCAAGAUACGUGAACACCAUGAGCGUGACAAAAAGAUCUAUGCCAACAUGUUCCAGAGGUUUGCUGAACAUGAUGCCAAGGUGAACCGAUUAAAAAGGACGAAGGAAGAUUGUGGAGUGAUUGAUCAAAACUGCAAGGCUGUAAAGCGGCCAAGGAGGAGUCAGGAUGGCCCCUAGUGGUCGAGAGCCCACACUGCAAUGCCUGUAAUGCUAUGGAGUUGCUAUGGGCUGGUUCUGCCCUUAUGAACACUGUGCUGAGUGCAGUACUGAUAUGCAUGGACAGCCCCCUUUCUUACACCAUGGCAUGACUGCUAUCUCUCAGAACCCAAAGACGAAGGUUCCGAAAAGACUAGGUAUAAGAGCAAUGGUCUCUGAAGAGGCUGUAAAACUUAAAUGGCAUUCCAACAGAUAACAUGCCCACAUGUGACCACUGGUAUUCAACAUCUAACCUCCAUCACAUACAGUGUGAUUCAAAAGUCUAAGACUUUAUUGAAAAUUUUGGAUUUAAUAUUGGAAAUGAACAUAAGAUUUUAGAACUUUUUAGAACAUCGAAAAUGUUCAGAAUAUUGAAUAUUUAAGAUUUCCCACUAUUUUAGGUCACUAUUUAAUUGUAAGACUUUUUUUUUCAUAUUGACCAUUCUAAAUGCUUAUACAAAAAGUCAAAUUGUCAUCCUGCCUAAUUUAAUUUAUUGAAGCAUGUGUUUAGCUGACACUCUGUUGGGUUGAUCCAAAAUGGAUCGUAAGAUUUUGCACAAAAUUCUAGAGUCUAGGCCAGCUGAAAUGCAUUUUCAACUGUAAUUAAAGCAAAGGGGGAUGUACUAAAUACUAAGAAACUCUGGUUUUAUGUCAGUAUUCCAAAGAGUCUAAUUGUCACUAAAGUUGUAGUCAGUAAUAUAAUUUGUUAUAAAUUGUUGUAUUAAAUCAGAAAAAAAUGCAGAACAGAAGGAUUUUCGAUCGUUGUCUCAGACUUUUUGACCUCACUGUACAUCUGAACCUAGCAAGACAUUUGUACAAUACAGAGAUAAAAUUAUAAAAGUUGGUACUGUAUAAUGUAUAUCCCAUAAUGUGGUAAAAUGUUAGUGGCUUGGAAUGAUUUCAAUAAUAGUCUUGAGAUAUUAGUCUUAAGAUAUGAUAUACAUUGUGGGGAGAUUUGUCAGCAUGUUUGUGUGUAGACAAAUAACUUCAUUGGAUAGCUAGACUGAAAUACUCUACUGCCUGUCUAUCCAGCAUUAGCUUUUCUAAUCAGUUGACAAAAACUUCAACCUUUCCCUAUGGGAAAAUGGACUAGUGACUAUCUGGUCAACUGAAAGGCUUUUUUUUGUUGUUGUUGUUGUUGCACACUUCCUGUUGGAUUAAUAAAAUGUCUGAACUGGA